AGAAACAAAAACCAACGAGAAACCAGCAAUUAAAAAUCCCAACCAAUAACAGCCCGUCCAAAAUAAGAAAUGACUGUAUACAGAAAGGCCAAGUUGUAUUGAAGGCAAAAUGGCUGACACAGCGGCACAGCUCCAGCCAAUCAGGAAGCCCGCGUUGGUAAUGCCCGCGUGGCUGCGAACAGUCAUUAUUUCAUAAAGAGGGAAUAUAAAUACUUGGGUCCCUGUUGUUGACAGAAACAUCUCUAUUCAGAAAACAUCCUCUUCAGACUAUUCCAAAGUUCACUCUCUGAAUCUUACGUCAUACAUCAAAUACUUAACUUACAAGUACAACAACAACAACAACAACGACAAAAUGGUUCACCCUAACACUACCUGCUGCAAGACCUCUGGAGACGCCGGCUGUGUUUGCGCGGCCCAGGCCAAGUGCUCCUGUGGCAAGGAAAACGCCCUUCACUGUUCCUGCAACAAGGCGUCGAGUGAGAACGCUGUUUCCGGUGCCAGAUGUUCAUGCAGAUCCCGCCCCGUUGGCCAAUGUACCUGUGAACGAUCCACCAGCGAAAACCAGUCGUUUACUGGUUCGAGCUGCCCAUGCGGAGCCAGACCCGAGGCAUCGUGUACUUGCGAGAAGGCGGAUGCGGUUGAGUCGGCUAUUGAGACCGAUUUCACCUCGUUUGGGCGGUAAACAAGAUCAUUCAAUUGAUUGACCUUCAUGUGCAUUAUCGGAGCAGGCGUUAG